CGCGACAUUUUAUGUAACGUCUACUUAGCAGUACUGUUUACUUUGUCGCUUCCUCCUCUUUCCUGCGUUAUAAAAGCGGAGCGUGCGCACACCUCGCUGUUCACCUGAUUUGAUCGCAGGCUGAAAAUGGACGCGCUCACCGUGCUGCCAUCCAACUUCGGAUAUGUUAUCCUCACGUACCUUUACAGCUGGAUCAUGCUGGGGUAUUUGGCAGUUAAGGUUGGGGGAGCCAGAAAGAAGUACAACGUGAAAUAUCCCACCAUGUACAGCGACAAGGAGCAAGUCUUUAACUGCAUCCAGAGGGCGCAUCAGAACACCCUGGAAGUGUACCCUCAGUGGCUGGUUUUCCAGACCAUCGCAGCUCUUGUUUACCCGGUAAAUUUGAUCAUAUACACUUAAAUCAGUCUUCACUAC